GCGAUAUUCCAUGAAACCAAAUGUCGCAGUGAUCAACUUUGUCGUGAAUUUUCUGGAGGAGAAUGGCAACAAUAUUAAAGAACACCACAUCUAAAGGAGCAGGAAAUUACAUUGGCGAGACCAAACAGCAACUGAGAGAUGGAUUUGGAGUAUACAAUUAUGCCAAUAAAUUCUUCAGAUAUGAAGGAGAGUGGAGCAAAGGAAAGAAACAUGGUCAUGGGAAACUUGUUAUGGCAGAUGGCAGUUUUUAUGAAGGACAGUUUAUUGAUGGAGAAAUCCAAGGUCAUGGAUUUCGCCGCUGGACUGCAACAAGGAAUGAAUACACAGGUCAGUUUGUAAAAGGGGAGCUGACUGGCCAUGGAAUCAUGAUUUAUGGUGAUGGAUCACGAUAUGAAGGGGAAUGGCUGGAAAAUAAGAGAGAAGGAGAAGGAAAACUAAUCAGUAUAGAUGGAUCAGUCUAUGAGGGAUCUUUUCACAAUCACAGAAGACAUGGAGAAGGAAAAUUCAUGUUGAGCACUGGUGAUGUUUAUGAAGGAGACUGGGUCAAUGAUCUGCGGCAAGGACAUGGAAUUAUGAAAUUUAUUGAUGGAACUAUUUAUGGGGGCCAGUGGUGGGGAGAUGUUUUUAAUGGUGAAGGAUCCAUGAUUCACACAUCUGGUGUUUCAUAUGAAGGAAUGUGGGUGAAUGGCAGGCCGGAAGUGGAGACUGUUUUGAUCCGCAUUGUUGGCGAUGACCACAUGGAAUUCACGCAAGGGAGACCAUUUGGGUUUGAAGUUGAGUGUGUGACAGCAGACGGGGAACCAACCAAAGAGGAAGGGCGACUGCUGCAGGUGACAGCUGGAGUGAAGGUUGGUUCAAGUAGAAAAUCUGCCGAUGGGACAGAAAAUGACCUGGACACAAUCAUGACACCAUUUGGUUUUGAAAUUGAGCCAUACCCGCUAACGGAGAUGCUUGGGGAGAUAUCAAGUGAAAUAGCAAUACAAGGAGCAUUUUCACAGGCACCAAGUGCUAUGUCUAACAGACCUGUUCAAGCAUCUUCACCAACUGGGGAGGAGCUAGCUAAACAUAUGGACAGCAUUCAGAUUACUGACACAUCAGACUUUGGAGACAAAGAAAGUUCAGUGCCUGAGGCGGGCCAUGCUGAGAUGCCAAGCAGGACCACUGCUCCGUCACAGGCCAGCACUAUGAUGCCGUCAAGUUAUGACAAGAGUACAACUCUUGGCGGAGAAGCCGCUGACGUACUGAUGGUUCCUCCAGUGUUAACUCUGCCGCCGCCUGUCUCCCCUGUGCGGACAGCUGGUGGGAAAGCGCUGUUUGAAAAUCUCUACAUACCACCCCUCCCCCCUGGGGUUAAACCACUGAACAGUUUUGGAUCGGUGCAUUCAUCUAUGCAUAACAUCACUGCCACUGAAGAUUCAAGGGCAACAAAUGGAAGGAUGAAAAGCAAGGCCAACCUAGGGCUGAACCCCAACUUGUUGAAAGUAGUCAACCGAAACGUGCCCUCGUCUGCAGUCUCAGAUGGAAGGAAGAAGAAGGACGCUUUGGCUGACGUGGUGGAGAAGGCAGACGGAAAACGGAAGAAGGAAAAGAAAGAAGAAAAAGAUGAUAAAUUCUGUAAACCGGGUGACUAUGUUAUUAUAGUUGAAGAUGUGACAUCGCCACCAUUUCUUGACAUCACCCUAGCUCCUGCAUUUCUUCAUGUGAAAGUUAACCAAAAGAAAAGAGCUCGAAGCAAAAUGGAGUCACGAAGAAACUGAAAAAAAAAAAAUUGGAAUCAAUAUUUCCUGGCUUGGAGUGGAUUUUUCACAGCAGUUCUUUCUGAAAUUGUAGUCAGGUUUUGACAGUUUAAUACUUAAAGCCAGGGUAUUUGUUUUAGCUCUAAUUUUUGAGCCAAGGCUUGCCUGAGAGUGAACAUGCUUGCACCUCUUAGUUUCAAGUUUGGACAGAAGCGGACACUGCACUUACUUAUUGUGCAUCUGAACUCGAAGCAAAAACGUAACGGCUGGAAAGCGCGGGAAAAAUCACAUUGGCUAGAAUGAUGUCGCACGCGUUUUUUGAGCCCAUGAAAAUACAGUCAACACAUUUUUCAGCAGAAAAGGUUUAAUUACACGUUUCAAAGUUGUCUUACAUCUUCACAGCAUGCAAAACUUGUAAACAUGUAUUUCACAUUACGAUUAUUUCGUCUGUACAUAUAUUUGUAAAAAAGAAAAACUUAUCUCUUACUAGAGACAUUAAAAACAUCAGAAAUAAAUAAAAUAUACCCGAG